CGGGUGUGGCAAGUGGCAACCGACAGAUGUCAAAUUAAAUCUAUUGUGGGUGUUACGUUUUUCGUUUGGCCAUUUGUCAGCGAAUCCAAUAUUACAAAGUUACUUGAAAAACUGAUUAAUUUUAGGAGUUCUAUGAGAAGAUGAGCGAGUACAUCGAUAUCAACAAAUGUUUAUGCUGAAAUUGGAAGAUUAGUGUUGAUGAAACCAAUGACAAACGAACAGUUUAAUGAUAGAUAACUUCCCGUGAAGAUGCCUCUACCUAAGCGUGUUAUUGAACCCGUUCACAUUACGCGUGGAACCCUUCCUGAAGAUUUACCACUUCCUUCUGAACUAGAAGGCGUUACAAAUGGAACUUUAGCAAAUACAGUUAGACAGCUAUCUUCAUUGUCCAGACAUGCUGAAGAUCUAUUUGGUGAACUAGCUCGUGAUGCUCAACAACUGAAUGAUCGGUCAAAUUCUCUGCAAGCUAGAAUUGACCGAUUGGCAGUAAAAGUUACUCAACUUGACAGCACAGUAGAAGAAGUCAGUUUGCAGGAUAUUCAUAUGAGAAAAGCUUUUAAAAGUUCCACCAUUUUUGACCAGCAGAUAUUCUCACGUGCUACAAUGCCUACUGCUAUGCAAGAAACAUAUAAUUCCUGUGACCGACCACCGCCGCUGGACAAACUCAAUUGCUACAGAGACGAUGGUAAAGACGGCCUCAAAUUUUACACUGAUCCUAACUACUUUUUUGAGUUAUGGAGAGCGGAAAUGCUAAAUGACACUGAGAAGGCUAUUCACGAUAAAGGAAGAAAUAAAGGGCAUAGAACUGCUCGAGGAACAGCUGACGGUGGUCAAGGAGGCAGAGGACACAAAAAGAGAGUAAGGCAACCCCAUAAUACCAGAGAAAAACAUAAACAAAUUGCAACUGAGCAUGGGGAAUACAUUAUGCCACAGAACACAAUUUAUAGAACCCCACAACAAGUAAGCAACCAUUAUCAGCACGAAGUAGAUGGUUUCCCUCCUGACCAAGAACAGUUAGUUCGCCGACCUAAUUCCAUAGAGAUUCGACGAUCGUAUCAAAGAGAACAAGAAGUAUCCGAUGUGUUGAGCCCACCUUCUCUCUAUCAGAAUAACAGCCGCGUUCUUAAUUACGAGGAUCAUAACCCUUAUCAACAUGGAAUGUACGGACAGGGGCCUCUGAGUUCAGAAUCACUCUAUGCUGGCGGUACCCCAACGCGAUCCAAAUCUCGACCUAGUCAGCCACCACCAGCGCCGCCUUCAAAUCAAAGUACUCCCACGGCAGGAACGCCAACUAGAUCACGGGGCUUCUCUUCAGCCCGAGAUCAAUUACCUCCACCACCGCCUCCACCUGAAGCCACGUCACCACCACCAAAUGGAUUGCCACCACAUAUGAUGCAGCAACGAAUGCCUGAGAGCCCUCACCGUUCGUCUGUCUCAACGCCAGAGCCUCCCCUUACAUCUCCACCAAGCAAUCACAUCCAAGACUUGCCGCCUCCGCCUCCCGUUCCUACCGAACAAGUUUUACCUACGAGGCAAACUUCGCCUCCUAAGCAAAAUAACAACUCUAUGAACCUGAAUUCUGGAGUUGCCAGUCCGCAUCUUUCAGUCGUUGCUGCACCUCCGCCACCACCACCGCCACCUAUGCCGAUGAAUAGUGUGCAGGCUCCCCCUGGAGGUCUGGUGAUGAAUGGCGAGUUAAUCAGGGCUUUGUCGAGUCUCCCGAAACUGACUCCCGUCAAAGAUCGUGUUUUAGGGAAAUUAGCGCCUCCGUUAGCUGAUCCACGGAACGAUUUAUUAAAGGCUAUCAGAGAUGGAAUAAAGUUGCGCAAGGUCGAAAAAAGUGAACAGCGCCAAGAAGUGGACCGAGGAGUGAAUGGGCUUCACGAUGUCGCCAGUAUUUUGGCCAGACGAGUUGCGGUCGAGUUCAGCGAUUCUGAGUCAGGAAGUGAUAGUGAAUGUGACUCAGAGGGAUGGGGUGAAAAUGAAACUUCCGCGUGACAUCUAAGAAAACCAAGUGAGGUUAGCCAACAGGCUUAUUGAACUGAAGAAUCGUUAUGUAAGUAUGAAUGUUGUGUGCAACAGUGUCUAUAUUUUACUUCAGCUGGAAUUUCUGGCUACAUAUUCGCUAAGAUGAUCAAAUCCAUUCGUGUUUCGACAAAACAAAUAUUCUAGUGCGAAAAGCCAGAUUUUACAAAAUUAAUUAAAUUAUUCGUGUAUCUAUGGAUUAUGAUCUUGGACUGGAAAUUUUCAGUUCGUCGUAUUCAUGUACUAUAACCCUUAUUCCUAAUUGCACUUUUAAUUCUGUACAAUCAUGUUAAUAAAUAUUUAUGGUCCACGGAGCAAAAUGAAUAAUUAUUUUCAAUUAUAAGCAACCUCCAUUAUUUACGUAGUCGACUAUUUUUCUUGUAAUUAAAAGCUCAGUAUGAUUAUUGCAACUAAAAUCCGCUUUAAGUAAAAUUGAUGUUAGUUAGCUAAAUGUGUUUCGGGUCCUUUGUUCUUUAUCAUCUAUUACUGUGCGUGUCUAGAUUCAAUUGAUUCGUUUUCAAAAUUUAAUCUAAAACAAUUACGAUAUCUCCUAACUCAAUCGGUAUAGACAUAUUUUAAUCUUGCACAAUUUUAUUUCAAAAAUUCUGUUCAAAUAUACAGGAUGUAUAAAUAUGUUCAUCUAAAAAUAUACAGAAUGAUUCAUUGAUAAUGUGAAAUCCAUUCAAGAUGCCGCAAGUUAAAUGAUGACUGGGCGUAAACAUCCUUCUUACGAAAGUUAAUUGCUUUGCACACCCAGGAUAUUUACUUUUUUGUUCGGAAAGUAGAUUUUACUAUUUCUAAAAGCAUGUAUGUUCGGUUAAAGUAUAAAUUCGCCCAAGUACGGUUUAGUAAGGAAAAUAAGUAAUUGUGCCUUAUGUGUGUUUUAUUACAAAUUGAAUUAAGUCCUAGUGGUACCGACGCUCUUAGCACACUCAUAUCGAUAUGUUCUGCUGGUUGAACAAUCAGUUUUGGUACCGCAUUCUUUGGGUUAGUUUGGGUCUAAAUUUUAAAGAGUCGUGCUUUUGAUUUAGAGGCGCACAAGGUAAAAAUAAAUGCUUAUUCAGAGUUGUACAACUGAACCAUUGUAUUUAGUCAGAGAUCAAAUACAGUGGAAAUUGAAACUGUUUCGGUACCCUCAAAUGUCUAAAGUUUAAAUAAGUUACUGCAAAUCUGAUGAAAUACUUGCAUAUGUAAAAGACGCUUUAAUGUUAAGUAGUAUAAUUCCAAAUAGUGUAUGCCAAAUCUACAGUAUUAAAUUUCUCAUAAUAAUGGUAACAGCUUUUUUAAAUAAUUUAUUGUACAUAAUGUACGACUAUUCCCUAUUUAACCUUUUUGUACAGCCUGGUAUUUUAAUUUACAUAUUAUAUGUGGGGAACACUGUUUUUGUUCUAAGCGUUGCAGAUUUAUCUUGUAUAGACCAUUAAGUAACGUGUACUAUUGAAAAAUAAUCUUCUAAUAAUUUGAUUGUGUAAUUUUCUUAAAUACAUGUAAUGGUAAUAAAGUAUCGUAAUAAAAGUAAAAUUAUGAUACAAUGUGUUGAACUUACUUUUAUGAAUUUCAUCAGCUUAGUUACAUUAAUUUUCCCAAAAGAUAGACUAUCUAGGCACUUUUUUAUUAUUUUGACCUAAGGAGAGAAAUAUAACUUCUCACUAAAGAAAUGGAAUAAUAAUGGUGGUCAAUAGUUCAAAAAAUGCUUUAUACGGUUUCCUACGUUUAAUUUGUGUUCGCUAUAUGUUUGUCGGAAAUGGGGCUCACUGCUAUUGAGCACUUUAGUUAAAGUACUUAAAGAUUAAAUGACACGAUAAUUUCCUUAAUUGUUUGGAAUUUGCUUUACUAAUUUCAACCGACACCAUGGCUCAAUCAGAUUCUGCUUAUUGGACAAAUUCACAGAGACAAUGAAAAUGUGUCCGGAAUGUAAGUUUUAUCAAAAUAUGUUUUAGAACAAAUUGGCAAUUCUUAGUGUUGUUAAAUUUUGUAAAGUUUUUAAAUUGGCUCUUACCAGAACACGUCGCCCCUUUCCUGCCGAUAUACAUUUUUUGGCUAAACUAGAUUCAACUCGAAGUGAGCAUCUAACGAAUUACUCAGUACUGAAAACUACCUCAAAAAAGGCAAAAGAAUCUGCCAUGAAUAAAUAAUUGAGCAAAUUACGCAUCAAAAUCUCAGUUGAUAAUUAUUUUUAUAUACAGGGUGAUUCAAAAGUGGCGUCAUUCCUUUGGAGGUGUUGUCUGGCGGUGUUUUAGGAGUACAGAAAAAAUAGUGAAAAAAUUAAUUGUUAUUAAAAACUGAGAAAUUUGCAAAAAACUAUAUUAGAAAAACGGCAACAAUGUUUUUCAAGGUAAUGUGCCGAAUUAACUUGAUACAUAUCUGAAAGAUGUGGUGCAAAAAGACAUAGUACCUAAAACAUUUUAACUGAUAUAAAUUGUUUUAUUCAAAAUUAUUCUUAGAAACUGAUUGUACAAAGUUAUGAUGAUGCAGCCGGGAUUAUCAUUAAUUAUAAAUGUAUUUUUUGCUUAUAACAUACAUUGUUAUGUUCAUCAGUUAAAUUCAAUUGUCUUUUUUUUGACUCGGAAGUAACUUGGAUAAACUUUUACAGUGGAAUAAGCGCUCAAUGUUUUUCUAAACGGCCCCAAAGAGUUGUAAAUAAUUUACAUGUAUUAUAUGCUCAAAAUAAAAAAAACUUAUGCUCAAAAUAAUAAAUAUUCUUAUUUUCAUUUUACUUAAAUGGAUAAAAAUCUAGCGUUUUUUAUGUGUUCUACCCAUAUACUUUUACAACGAGUAUAUGGUUCUACCCACAGAGAAAGUAAAAUAUUUUAUUUUACUUACUUUAUGGUUCUACCGCUUUCACAGUUCUUGACCUGGCAACGCUGUUUGAGACACCAUGUGCCUUCUUUUUGCAGUACAUAACCCUAUUCUUAGUGUGAUUAUUGAAGUAAUUUUGUUAAGUGUUUUUUACUGUUCUUUAUUUCGAAAAUGAAAGCCAGUGGAACAGUUUCGAUUAAGCCUAGUGCUGUGAAAAAUGCACUUCAAGGUGUAAUAAAAGUAGCAUCCGAAAAUCCACAUCUUCAAAAACAAUUGUUUCAUGAAGAUUUUCCACUAUUUCUCCAAAUAAAUGCAUUCAAGAUUCCUAAGUCUCGAGGGACCAACAAGCAAGUAUAUCGCAUUCCUUUGGCUAAUUCUCCGUUAAAUUCAGAUGCUGAUAUUUGUCUGAUUGUUCCUGAUGUGAAAGGUAUUCCAAAUAAAGAGCAUGAAAGACAUGUGGAACACUACGAGAAACUAUUAGAAGCCAAAGGCGUUACGGGGAUCAAGAAGAUUAUGACUUUUCAUGAGUUUAGAACUGAAUACGAGACAUUUGAGCUGAAGAAUCGGUUGGUCGAUCUUUACGACCAGUUCUUGGUCGAUGGUAAAAUCAGUGGAAAGGUCGUUCAUAAAUGCGGCAGUAUUUUCUACAAGAAGCGGAAAGUCCCUAUUUCCAUCAAGCUUCAAGCAACAAAUUUGAAAUCAGAAUUUGAAAAAGCAUUAAAAAGGACAUUUUUCCUCCUGAGCUGGAAAAGUGAUAGCCAUGCUGUCCAAAUUGGAAACAGUAAAAUGAGUAUCAAAAGCUUGACCGAAAAUGUGUUUAGCAUAGUACAAUUUAUUGAAAAGGAGUUCCCAGGAAAAAUGGACAAUGUAAGGAGUUUGAAUAUUUAUGCAUAUAGAGGCUCAAGUGUACCCAUAUACAUUUCAUUGAGAAAUCCAAAUGAAAUUCAAGUGCCCGAGUUAGCUAUAAAAAAGACUCCAAAGUUGAAGACUGUUCGCGGGGAAUUAACCACUUUCAAUAAUGCCGAUGUUGUUGUUAGACCUUCCGGGAAAGUUAUUGUAAAACAUCUGAAGAACACUACUGAAGUUGUUAAAGAAGUUGAAGAUGUUACAACUGAAGAGUCAACUGAAGCAGGAUACGAAAAACAGAAGGGCAAGAAGCGAAAGUUAUCAGAAAUGAAAUCGGGAGGAACCAAGAGAAAACAGUCCCCAAAAAAGAAAGUAGUUUAGUGUGUUAAAAUGUUACAUUUUAACGUAUAUUUUUGAGCCGAGUUUAUGACUAAACGCAGUAAAAAAAUAUGAUUAAUCGUUAACAAAAGAUAAAGAAAGUUAUAUUUGUAAGGGAUGAAAAUAAAGAAUAAUGCACCUUUAA